GUAAAAAAAACAAAAAAACAUUAAAUAAUGGGGGACUCUUUACCAUUAGUCUAUUAAACCAUUCAGUGCUCACUCCGGAAAGCAGAAAAAGUAUUAGCAAUCUGAGAUAGAAAUUCAAAGAGAUGAGUGGAGGAGAAGGAGAAGGGAAGGUGGUGUCCGUCACCGGAGCGUCGGGUUUCAUAGCCUCGUGGCUGGUAAAGCUCCUGCUACAGCGCGGAUACAUAGUUAAAGCCACCGUUCGUGACCCAAAUGAUGCCAAAAAAACAGAGCACUUACUUGCACUAGAUGGAGCUAAGGAAAGACUUCAUUUAUUCAAAGCAGAUUUAUUGGAUGAAGGGAGCUUUGAUUCUAUUGUGGAUGGCUGUGAAGGUGUUUUUCACACAGCUUCCCCGAUUAUCAUCCCUUCUGCUGAUCAUCAUAAGGCACUAUUAAUCGAUUCAGCAGUCAAUGGAACACUUAGUGUUCUAAAAUCAUGUGCAAAAGUAAGUUCAAUCAAGAGAGUAGUUGUGACAUCUUCAGUGGCUGCAGCUGCAUACAACGGAAAACCAUUGACCCCAGAUGUGGUGGUGGAUGAGACAUGGUUUUCUGAUGCAAAUUUUUUUUUGAAAUCUAAAUUGUGGUAUACUCUUUCCAAGACGUUAGCUGAGGAGGCUGCCUGGAAGUUUGCAAGAGAGAAUGGGAUGGAUUUGGUGGUGAUAAAUCCUGGAGCUGUAAUUGGCCCUAUUUUGCAGCCAACAAUUAAUUUCUCAGUGGAGAUGGUGUUGAACAUUGUAAGUGGACAAGGACUCCCUCCAUUUACUCAAUUUGUUGAUGUUAGAGAUGUUGCAUUUGCACAUAUUUUAGCAUUUGAAGUGCCUUCAGCUACUGGGAGAUACUGCAUUGUUGAAAGAACUGCAGAAAACUCUAAGGUGUUGAAGAUCUUAGAUGAAUUAUACCCAAAUUUGCACCUCAAUGAAAAAUAUGAAGAUACAGCUGUUGGGAUACCAUUCAAGGUAUCCAAGGAGAAAGCAAUAAGUUUGGGUGUGAGUUUCAUUCCACUAGAGGUGAGUUUGAAAGAUACUGUUGAAAGCUUAAAGGAUAAGGGUUUCUUAAACAUCUAAAAUUAUUGGCUACUUUUCCUUCUAUUCCCCUGUUUUAGUCUAAUAAAGUUGUUUAAUUUGUAACAUUUGAUAUUGUAAUUUAAGGAGUUGAUGACAACCAGUCAAACAAGUGUAAUUGGAGGUGUCAUUGUGUUGAAAUGAUUUUAUUAUGUUCCAAUAUUCUCACUUUCGGUUUCAUUUCAUUCAAUUUAGAGGUUUAUUUUAAUAUAUAUUAUUUUUUAAU